ACUCUGCUCUCGAUUCUGUCUGGCUGGUCAAGCGGCUGGCUCAAAGGCUCAAGGGGGAGCCCUGAAUGCUUAACAUAUAUUAGUUAAUCCCCAUCAACGGGAGGGUCGAUCAAUGGUUGAUUGAUGGAUGGGGCGGACUAUCUUUUUUAAUUUGGCCCACUUUCGCUCUCGUCCAGUUAUACCAGGGCUCACCCGCUACUACGGAGUAGAUAUUCAGCUGUCUUACAGCAUCUUGAUUUUAAUUACGAUUUUUUUUUGUUCUAUCCGGGCUCUCGGGACCCAGUGCUUCGGAACUGGAUCAGCCCCCUUUCGUGUCUUUCUUUUCGCAACGCGCCACUGUUGCCGCUAUCCUUCCUUCCUAGCUGAAGAGUAUUACAGGCAUCCAAGUCCAGUCCGUCUUGAUUUCCCUCGUGAGUUGUCGACCGUGGCAAAAUCAUAACGACAAUAGCGUAAUCCUAGAACCUGCUGCUGCGGGUAGUGCUAU